AUGGACACCGGUGACGAGGGCGUUCGUCAGCAGACUGGCGUCCUUGAAGACAGCUCCGAGACUCGUCGAGACGGCCGCACUGCCGGCAGCGUCGAGGCAAGCGGCCGCCCGACCGAGGAGGAUCCUGCCGCCAUCUCAGGACAGCAGCAGGACGCCUCUCACCGCUAUGCCCGCACGCUUGCCAACGUGGCCAUGGGCCUGGUGCCGUGCUCGGAACCCUUUGAAAAGGUCGUCGCCAUCGCUCGCAUCCAGCUCAUGGCUCUCGACGUCCAGAUCGCCUUGGCCAAGAAGAACGUCGAGGUGCUCACGGCGCACUGUCAUCUCAAGCCGCAGAGCACGCGCCCGGACCGCCCCAUCCCCAGUGGCGACCUGCCCAUCGACGUCAGCACCGGAGGCCGCGCUCUGCUGAUCGCCUACCAGAUGCGACAGUACGAGCUCCAGCUCUACCUCCUCGACUGCGACAUGGCAGGUCACCCGCAGGCGGACGAGGUCUCGGUCCCUCGUCGCCUGCCGGAGAUCAUGGCUCGCUUCAACCAGCUGCUCCAGCAGUGCCGCGAGCAGCAGCCCGCGGACGGAAUCCUGUCGGACGUCGUCGAGACCCUCCUCCCAGUCCUCGUGCGCGAGGCUCGCACCUAUCCGCUCGACCUCGAGGAAGAUACAGACUCGUCCGACGAGGGGGCGGACACUGCUUCGAAGGAGCCCAAUUUUGCCAUCCGCUGA